CCGAGGCUGCGUUCGAGGGAGCUCGUGCAUCACAUCAGAGCCGUCCUUCACUCAUUCGUCCUUCUCUAAAGCAGGCACGGAAAGCUGCGUUCAUGCCAAAAUGGGAUGUGGGAAUUCCUCCGCCACCAGCACGACAGCAGGAGGUCCAGCAGAAGCUGCCAAGGAUGUGACAGAAGAACCUUCACCGGAUGAUGAGAAACGAAGGAACUAUGGAGGAGUGUAUGUGGGACUUCCUGCUGAUUUGAACACAGUAGCUGCCAGCCAAUCAAAAUCCACACGUAAAGACUGAAAGCAGAUCACAUGAAACGACAACGCUAAAGCCUCUUUAGAACCCAAGCUCUGCAGUGGCUGAUUUACAACGGAUAUCAUGGCGAUAUUCGAGGAUCAAGCUGUUUUUGGAGCUGAAUCCAGAACCGGUCUGCACUUCGGAAUGACAUCACCGUGACAUCAUACCGGCUGGCGUACAGAAGGGUUCUGUUCGGAACACUGAGCAUUAUUGUGACUAUGAAUGUGGACUCUGUUGCCAUGGUGACCGGCGACCCCCCCUGACCUCUCCCUCCGCCAGGAGGACAUCCUGGUAUUUCGGAGACACCAUGGCAGGGCAUUUCCUGACCCGAUCAACUGUACGUCUCUGCAAUAACAGACUUUACUGAGUCUAUUCUUUCAGUUUUUCUUAGACUAAUUCGUUAGAAGGAAAAAAGGAUGAUGUAAAUAUUUUACACACAGUAUGUAAGCACGAAAGAUGUUUAGCACUAACAUGACUAGAGCUGUUGACAUGACUACUAAUUAAUAUAUAGACUGUCGUUUUCUUAUC